UCGGACCGUAAGUACCGCUAUACGUCCUUAUAUUUCAUGUUAACAUUAACGUAGAGAGACGACUUAAUGAAAUUAUUUAAAGCUUCCUGGUUUUUAUGAAUCGAAGACAAAAACAGACCGGUUAAUGAAAACGGAGAGCAUAGACCUCAUGUUCCUGUGGUCGGAAUAAACCAAUAAGAAUGAGUCAUAGAUGGGCUCCAAAUGCAUUGGUGAAAGUAGGCAGAGCAUUUCCUUUGUGGCAAACUCAUGCUCGCAAGUCCGUAGCAUUACCACUUCACCUGUCCGGUACCUCUCACUGCAGGGUUCAUGUACAACAACCUCACUGCUACAAGUUUGGCUAUCUCAGCUGGAAGCACAUCCACCACACCAGGAGCAGUAGUCGUAAGGGAUGGAUCUGUAGAGCGAACCAACAUAGACACAAACUUGGACUUCACACCAGCACCCUGUAUUUGAACACUUCAGCCUCACGUUGGUCUGCUGGUCUAAGCCAACAAAUGUCACGAGUCAGGAACACCCUGGACACAGUUUCUAAAGCUGUGAGUGGGUCACAUACUGAACUUCUUUCCAAAAUUGCUAGACUUAAACCUAACGCUAUCAAGGCUACAAAUAAGGUUGAGACGAGUGUUGAAUCAACACUAAAAGCUGAGGAGAUCACACCUACUCCUGUUUCCACUACUGCUGCCUCUCCUUCUGCAUCUACUACACCCAAACCGGUAAUAAACUCAUCCUCUGCCAGUCCCCCUAUUCCACCGCCUGCUGCUACAUUUGAUCCAAGUGCUACUACCUCCACAAAUUCUGCCCAAGCAACCAUCACUGACACAGCUUUGGCUGUGCAAGAAAUUAAGCAGAAAAGGCUGAGGCGUGUUGCUCCUGCAAUCAAAACUUGUAGUGUCAGGAAGCCAGAGGAGCUUAAACCAUCAUCAAGUGAUACAGAGAGCAAGAGCACGUCUUCCAAACAAACCGCAGCACUUUUCCAUCCAAGCACUUUUUCAGUCAACCUGGAUGAAACUUACAACUACCUGGCUCAUCACAUCAAUUCAUACUUUAGCAGCAGUACGAAGACUCAGGACAAGAAAGUGGACAAUGUUGACGUUUCGUCUGCAUCCUCUCAGGGUCAACAAACUAGUGACCUCGUGCCACUGUCUGAUAAACCAAACUCUGCUGCUUCAGUUGCCCCAGCUCCCAUUAAAAAGGGUUUAGGACAUUACCUGUCCAACUCAGCUCCCACUGUGCAGGCCUUUCUAGGGAGCUACAUCGCCCCCCUGGUCCCUAAGUUCAGGACAGGAGAGUCCAAGAGUGCUACUGUGGAGGAGAAGAAGCUUGAGGAUGAACCAGUAAAACAGGUUGAAGCCACAAUCAGUAAGGAGCAGAAGGCGGCUGAAGAGAAAGCCAAGAAGCUUCUACUCCAAAGGGAAAAGAUCAUUGCCAGGGUUAGUGUGGACAAUCGAACUCGGGCUUUGGUGCAGGCUCUUCACAGGGCAUCAGAUGUAAGGGUCUAUAUCAGCAGGGUGGAAGACCUCAGCUACCACCUCCUGGAGUUUCCAGAGACCCGGGGUGUUGCAGUCAAGGAGAGGGUUAUCCCUUGCCUACUACGCCUGAAACAGGCCAAUGACCCGGGCUUGAGGGCAGCAGUUAGAGAAAGCCUCGCUCUGGUGGGCUACCAAAAACCAGUUAAAGGCCGGGGCAUACGGAUCUUGUCUAUAGAUGGAGGAGGGUUAAGGGGACUUCUUGCCCUCCAGACAUUACGCAAGCUGGAAGCUCUGACCGGCAAACCCAUUUACAAGCUAUUUGAUUAUAUUUGUGGUGUCAGCACAGGUGCUAUCCUAGCAUUCAUGCUGGGCAUAUUCCAAAUCCCACUGGAUGAGUGUGAUGAUCUUUACCGGAAGUUGGGCUCCGAUGUUUUCAAGCAGAACGUGGUUGUCGGCACUGUGAAGAUGGGCUGGAGCCAUGCUUUCUAUGACAGUGAAGCCUGGGAGAACAUCCUCAAAGAGAAAAUGGGCUCACAUCUCCUGGUGGAGACUGUGAGAAACCCUGAAUGCCCCAAGGUGGCAGCAGUCAGCACCAUUGUGAACAGGGGCACCCCUUUAAAGGCGUAUGUGUUCAGGAACUACAACCUGCUGCCCGGGGUGCGCCCUCACUACCUGGGGGGCUGCCAGCAUCAGCUCUGGCAGGCCAUCCGUGCCAGCUCAGCAGCCCCUGGGUACUUCCAGGAGUUCACCUUGGGAAAUGAUCUCCACCAGGAUGGAGGUCUGCUGAUUAACAACCCCACAGCGCUGGCUAUCCAUGAGUGUAAGUGUUUGUGGCCCAACACACCUCUGGAGUGUGUGGUCUCACUCGGUACGGGCCGCUACGAAACUCCCGGCAAGAACAGCACCACCUACACGAGCCUCAAAACCAAACUCACCAAUGUCAUCAGCAGUGCUACAGACACUGAGGAGGUUCACGCCAUGCUCGACGCCUUUCUCCCUCCUGAUGCUUAUUUUCGCUUCAACCCCCACAUGAGUGAAGACAUUUCCAUGGACGAGAACCGGCAGGAGAAGCUCAACCUGCUGCAGACUGAGGGCAUGCGCUACCUGGAUAGGAACGAGGAGAAACUGAAUAAGGUCGCUCGCAUCCUCACCCGAGAGAAAAGCUCCGUCCAGAGGAUGGCAGAGUGGGUCAAGCUCAAGGCUGACAUGUAUAACGGUGUGUCCUUUUACUCCUCCAAACUCUAGAUCCAACACAAACCACCUUUACCUCACAUGGACACUCCUGUUAUUCUAAAUUGUCAAGAAUAUCAUGCUACCAUGAUUGGUGUGUCAAUAGUUGAUUAUUAGAUCUGUAGCUCUGAAGAGCAUUGUGUAAAUGUACAGGUAGGUAAUGCUUCCAACAUGCCAAGUACUAUCAUCCUCCUCAUUCAGACAUUUUGUAGUCAUUUUGGUGUCAAUGUGUUAAGUUUUUGGCAGUGGAAAUGCAUUGUGGUUGGUAGCAGUUGAUUCAACACUGUUGCAUUCAAAGAUGUGUCAUGAUGUGCUAAACACUGUUAGCUUUCCUAGCAAAUGUAUCUUAUACUCCUAAAGGAAUAGAACGUCUGAAAGCAGGUGGAAGAAGGAAGUGAAAAAGCAUGUAUAAAUAAAAUGUUGAACUGUUACUUUUAAAAAGCAGAAUACUGUAUAAGUUCGACAGUAGCCAGUAACGAUUUCUCAAGACUCAAGUGAGCACUUUUUAAAGAUAUGUUAUAGCAACCAGUAGGCAACAUCUCAUAAACCUGUAUUUUCAUUAGUAGAUGGGAUCUGUGUCAUUAUCAAAAUGUAGUAUUUGUUAAGCUAAGCUGCCAACAUGUAACACUAUAAAAUAAUGUAAAAAAAAAAAAGACAAAAAAAUCUUUCUAUUUUUUU